CGCAGUUUGUCCUGAAGAAUUACGGGGAGAACCCCGAGAACUACAACGAGGAGCUGCGGAAGCUGGAGCUGCUCCGGCAGAGCGCCGUCAGCGUUCCCAGGGACUUCGAGGGCUGCAGCACCCUGCGGAAGUACCUGGGCCAGCUGCACUUCCUGCAGAGCCGCAUUCCCAUGGGAGCGGGGCAGGACGCCGCCGUGCCCGUCACCUGGACCGAGAUCUUCUCGGGGAAGGUGGUGACACAUGAGGACAUCAAGUAUGAGCAGGCCUGUGUUCUCUACAACCUGGGAGCACUGCAUUCCAUGCUGGGAGCCAUGGACAAGAGAGUGUCUGAGGAGGGCAUGAAGGUUUCCUGCACCCACUUCCAAUGUGCUGCUGGUGCCUUCACCUACCUGCGGGAUCACUUCCCACACUCCUACAGCGUGGACAUGAGCCACCAGAUCCUCAGCCUCAACAUCAACCUCAUGCUGGGCCAGGCACAGGAGUGUCUCCUGGAGAAGUCCAUGCUGGACAACAGGAAGAGCUUCCUGGUGGCCCGGAUCAGUGCCCAGGUGGUGGAUUACUACAAGGAGGCCUGCAGGGCGCUGGAGAACUCGGAGACGGCGGCGCUGCUGGGCAAGAUCCAGAAGGACUGGAAGAAGCUGGUGCAGAUGAAGAUCUACUACUUUGCUGCCGUGGCCCACCUGCACAUGGGGAAGCAGGCCGAGGAGCAGCAGAAGUUUGGGGAGAGGGUCAUCUACUUCCAGAGUGCUCUGGAUAAGCUCAACGAAGCCAUCAAGCUGGCCAAGGGCCAGCCCGACACCGUGCAGGAAGCCCUGAGGUUCACCAUGGAUGUGAUUGGUGGGAAGUACAAUUCCGCCAAGAAGGACAACGACUUCAUCUACCACGAGGCCGUGCCCGCGCUGGACACCCUGCAGUCUGUCAAAGGUGCCCCCCUGGUGAAGGCUCUGCCCGUGAACCCCACGGACCCUGCGGUCACCGGCCCCGACAUCUUUGCCAAGCUGGUGCCCAUGGCUGCCCACGAGGCCUCGUCCCUGUACAGCGAGGAAAAGGCCAAACUGCUGCGGGACGUGAUGGCCAAGAUCGAGGCCAAGAACGAAGUGCUGGACCAGUUCAUGGACUCCAUGCAGCUGGACCCCGAGACUGUGGACAACCUGGACAUGUACAACCACAUCCCGGCCGUGCUGAUGGAGAAGUGUGCUGCCCUCAGCGUGCGCCCCGACACCGUCCGCAACCUCGUCCAGUCCAUGCAGGUGCUCUCCGGGGUCUUCACGGACGUGGAGGCGUCGCUGAAGGAGAUCCGGGACCUGCUGGAGGAGGACGAGGCGCAGGAGCGGAAGCUGCAGGAGCUGCUGGGGCGGGUCCCGCCGGCGCCGGGGUCCCCCCCGGGGCUGGCCGAGGUGAGCAAGGAGUGCUCCAAGUACCUGGAGCUGCACGAGAAGGCCAGUUUCACCAACACCGAGCUGCACCGCGCCAUGAACCUGCACCUGGGCAACCUGCGCCUGCUCGGCGGCCCCCUGGAGCAGGUCCGGGCCGCGCUGCCCACCCCCACCCUGAGCGAAGACGACAAACAGGUGCUGCAGAACCUGAAGCGAAUCCUGGCCAAGGUGCAGGAGAUGCGGGACCAGCGGAUGUCCCUGGAGCAGCAGCUGCGGGAGAUGAUCCAGAAGGACGACAUCACCACCUCGCUGGUCACCACCGACCGCUCCGAGAUGAAGAAGCUCUUCGAGGAGCAGCUCAGGAAGUACGACCAGCUGAAGGUGUACCUGGAGCAGAACCUGGCGGCGCAGGAGAACGUGCUCAAGGCCCUGACCGACGCCAACGUCAAGUACGCGGCCGUGCGCAAGGGGCUGGCCGAGGUGGAGCACAAGUGGAACACCACCGUCCAGACGCUGGUGGCCUCCUACGAGGCCUACGAGGACCUGAUGAAGAAGUCCCAGGAGGGGAAGGAUUUCUACACGGACCUGGAGGGGAAGGCAGCCAAGCUGCUGGAGCGGGCACGGGCCGUGUGCCAGGCCAGCCAGGCCCAGCGGCAGCAGCUGCUCGAGAGGUCAGCGCUGGGAGCCACCACCACUGUUCCCCCCUGCCCUACCCUGUGUCCCUCUGUACCAUCCCUGGGAGCCCCCGGGACGGCAGGGAAGGUGCUGGGACAGGGAGAGGAGCAGGAAGGCGGGGCCCUGCCGGGUGUCUGA